AUGCUCACCAAGACUUGCUUCGCGCUUGCUUCGGCCGCUCUUGUCAGCAACGGUGCCCUUGCCGUGAACCACCGCCACCGUCAUGGUCAUGAGCAGAAGCGUGCUCUCAUCUACGAGACCACCGAGACCGUCACUGACAUUGACUGGGUCACCGUGACUGUCGACCCCAACGAGCCAGCCACCGUGCCUCCUGUCGUUGAGGCUACGUCUGCCUCCAGCUCGACUUCUGUCGAGGCCACUCCCUCUGUGCCCAGCGUCGCCCAGCCCGCGGCUCCCUCUUCUUCGUCGUCGGCCACACCCGUCGUCGUCGAGACUCCCACCCCGACACCAAGCCCGGCUCCCACCACGCUGGCUACCAGUGUUGCUUCUCCGUCGCCUGCCACCCCCUCCCAGGUUCUCGAGACCCCUGAGGUUGCAGCUGUUGCCGCGGCGCCUUCUUCGUCCUCGUCUUCGUCUUCGGCUGCGGCCGUAGCUACGACUGCUGCGGCUACGACUUCCGGCAACAAGCGAGGUGCCGCUUACAACAUUGCCAGCCUGGUCUCCCCCCUGAUUGGCACCGGCAGCAAGAUCAGCUGGGCUUACAACUGGGGCCAGGUGAGCGAUGGGCUUGACGAUGUUGACAGCUCCCUGGAGUACGUCCCCAUGCUGUGGAGCAACAGGGAGGACUUCAUCUCGACCUGGGACUCCAACGCCAAGACCGCCAUCAGCAACGGCGCUAAGAACUUCCUCGGCUUCAACGAGCCCGACAACCCGGGCCAGGCCAACAUGGACGCCGCCAGCGCCGCUGCCGCCUAUAUCCAGUACCUGACACCCCACGCCGGCUCCGUCCGCCUCGGCUCCCCCGCCAUCACCAACAGCGGUACUGACGGCGAGGGCGUGAGCUGGCUGAAGCAGUGGGUCAGCGCCUGCAACGGCCAGUGCCAGUUCAGCUUCUGCGCCGCGCACUGGUACUCCCCCGCGAGCAGCAGCGACUUCCUCAACUACGUCACCCAGGUCCACGAGGCCUGCGGCACCGACAAGACCGUCUGGAUCACCGAGUUCGCCCCCACCGGCGCCGAUGACGCCACCAUCUCCUCGUUCCUGGAGGAGGUCCAGGACGCCCUCGACAACAACUCGACCUACAGCUUCGUCGAGAGGUACUCGUACUUCUACGUCGCCGACGGCUCCCUGGUCACUGGCACCUCCGCCAGCAGCUUUGGCAACACCUUUGCCUACGGCUCCUGA